ACCGUAACACUGGAUCAAGCUUCCGAUGUAGGGUCAAUAACAACAGGAGCCAAACGUUUAUUCAAUAAUCUAAGAGUGCUCUGUUAGUGUUAGAAUCAUGGAUUAUCGUAGAUCAGCAGCCCUUUUGUCCGUGGUUGUUAUUUUGACACUGUCUGUCCUUGAAUUCCUACCGAUACUUCAAUCCUCAGAUGACUUACGUGAUGUAAGGAGUGUAGGUAAAGGGAACUCAUCUCAAGCUGAUGUUCAAUCCUUCUCAGCUCUGGACUAUGUCAUCUUUUCAGCUAUGCUACUCGUUUCCACUGCUACUGGCUUGUAUCAUGCAUUUUCUGGUGGCGGACAAAAAACAACAGCAAAGUUCCUGAUGGCCGAUCGCAGCAUGUACAGCAUCCCUGUAGCAAUCAGUGUACUAGCAUCCUACGUGUCAGCCAUCACCAUUCUAGGUAUCCCAGCAGAGAUCUUUAUUCAUGGAAUACAAUAUUGGAUGGUUAUCUUUAGUUUCUUCAUCACCAUUCCUGUCACUGCCUUGGUCUUCAUACCAGUAUUUCAUGGUCUCGGUGUCACCAGUGCAUAUGAGUAUCUUCAUAAAAGAUUCAGUAUGUCUGUCAGGAUUGGAUGUGCUCUUCUAUUCAUUCUUCAGACAUUAUUUUACAUGGCUAUUGUUCUAUAUGCUCCAGCACUGGCCAUCAAUGCAGUGACCAAGUUCCCCAUACCAGCUACAGUACUAUUGACAGGUGUAUUAUGUUCCAUUUAUACUGCUCUGGGAGGUAUUAAAGCAGUGAUUUGGACUGAUGUGUUCCAGUUCUUGGUCUUGUUUGGUUCCUUGUUGACUGUGCUAAUAUUAGGGACCAUUCAAGCUGGUGGGAUGGUCUAUGUAUGGAACUACAACAAAGAUAAGGGCCAUCUCAACUUCUUUGAACCAUCAGCUAGUUUGACUCAACGAGAAACGUUCUGGGGUCUUUUGAUUGGUGGUGCAUUCAAUAGCCUUCCUCUAUGGGCUGUAAGCCAGACUGCUGUACAACGAUUCCUUACCUCAAAGACACUCAAAGAAGCUAAAAGAUCAGUGUGGUAUGGAUUACCAGGGAAUAUCAUCAUGAUUACAAUUGUUGCUCUGUGUGGAUUAGUUCUAUUUGCAUAUUACAAUGAUGGUAUGACACACCUACAGCCAGCGAUCAAUCACACUUAUCCAAAUGGUAGUGAUGGUCAUCCAGUUCACUAUACGCCAAAGUAUUCUACUCCAGAUCAGAUAUUAGUCUACUUUGUGAGCAUAGAGUUUGGUCAUAUUCCCGGUAUGCAGGGCCUCUUUGUAGCUUGCUUAUUUGCUGGCACUUUAAGUACUGUAGCAUCUGGGUUGAAUGCAUUGGCUGCUGUAACUCUGAUUGAUAUAAUCAAACCAUGGAGACAUUUUAGGACAGGUCAGGUAGAAUCAGUUGGAAUAGGAACGGCUGUUAAUAAUCCUUCACAAGAUUUUAAAGACACAGUUCUAUCAAAAGUACUAACUUUUGUUUAUGGAGUUGGUGCUAUGGGUCUUGCGUUUGUUGCCAGUAAGAUGGGUUCACUAGUUCAGAUGGCUAACACUGUACUGGGAGCAUUAGGAGGACCAAUCCUAGGCGUGUUUACAUUAGGAGUUCUUUAUAAAAGAUGUAAUACAGGUGGAGCAUUGCUUGGUAUGUUAGUAGGAACAUAUUUGAGUCUUUGGAUUACAGUAGGAGCAUUGACACAUCAAGGUGAUGAUGGCUAUAUCAAAGAAGAUGCAUUCUGGUUAUAUAGGGUGUCUUUCUUAUGGUAUAGCAUGUUUGCAACAACUAGUACCUUUGUGGUCGGUGUUAUUGUAAGUGAAAUCAUUCGUCUAGCCAUCGUUGAUGAAAGAUAUAAGAGAGUGGAUCCAUUGUUACUAGCAACAUUUCUAAGACCCAAAGGAUGGCACAAGAGUAUAUCAGCUACAGAGAGCCAUGACCCUGGUGUUCGUAUUGGUGAUACUAUCAUCACUCGUCUUAAUGAUGAUGAUAUCGUAGUUGACGAAGAAGAGCCUCUUAUUGAUAGCAUGGAUGAUCAAAAUGUACAUGAAAUGGAAAACGUUGGUGAUAACAUGUGAAUAUUAUUCUGCUAUUUCCAUUCUGUUUAUGUUCUGUGGGCGUGUCGUGGUCUAGUGGUUCUGACUCUCGCCUUUCAAACAGAGGGUCGUGGUUUCUAAUCCUAGCCAUGGUGUGUUUUCCUUCAGCAAGAAAUUUAUCCACACUGUGCUGCACUCGACCCAGGUGAGAUGAAUGGGUACCCGGCAGGAUUAAUUCCUUGAAUGCUCGAACGCUGCAAGGCAGCUCGAGCUAAAGCCGGGGUAAUGAUAAUAAUAACAAUGCGCCUCGGAAUAGAUUGUUUCUAGAUAGAUGGCGCUAUACAAAUGCCUAUUAUUAUUAGUAUUAUUAUGUUGCUUUUUAUAACGGGUAGAGUAAUGGCAAAGCCAAAACCCAUAUCCUUUAUUUGAGGAUAUAUGUGAGUAUGGAAAGCUUAAUGUAUAACCUUGAUGUGUUUUGUUUAUAAAACAGACAUUAUGAGGCAGUGAUCUUUGGCAAGGUAAAUUUUCAGCACUUAUUGGUUGCAUAGAGAUUUAUAAAGAAAACAGCAUUUCAAACCAGAAUAUUAUGUGGGCAUUCUCAUGAGUGAAGAUACCUCCCGAAACCAAGUAAUGUGCUUUAAUUUUGGGAAAUGUCAGCCAACAAUGCUUGAUAAUCUGUCCUGGUUGCUUGAUUGGCCCUAAAGAAAUGUAUUACAAUCAUAUAUCUUUAUUGCUAGUGAGCCAACACAACGGUUUACCUCUCUGUAAAGAAAAUCCACCAAGAUUGCUGACUGAAACUCAUCAAUUUUUAGUGACAAGUUUAAAACAAAUGCUUGAUUUAUAAUUAUUCUGUGAACAAAGUCGUACUUCUCACAUUGUGAAAUUGUGGAAACUUCAAAUUUUGCUUUAAAUCUUGAAGUUCAAAGUACAGUAUGGUUUUGGCAUAUAACCUUAUUCUAACUUAAAUCUAGACUGUUCAAAGCUUUUAUUCUCACGGUUUCUUUGCACACUGGCUGAAGUUUAACUGAAAUGUAUGAAAUUAAAAAUUUUCUUCUGACAAUGACAUGUACUAUUAUCAUUCAUUAAUUUUUGUCUCACCUGCGAAGCAGAGUGAGACUAUACAUGUAGGCGCCGCUUUUCCGACGGCGGCGGCGUCAACACCAAAUCUUAAACGAAGGUUAAGUUUUUGAAAUGACAGCAUAACUUAGAAAGUAUAUAGACCUAGUUCAUGAAUCUUGGCCUUAAGGUUAAUCAAGUAUUACUGAACAUCUUGCCUGAGUUUCAGGUCACAUGACCAAGGUCAAAGGUCAUUUAGGGUCAAUGAACUUAGACCAUGUUGGGGGAAUCAACAUCAAAAUCUUAACCUAUGGUUAAGUUUUUGAAAUGUCAUCAUAACUUGAAAAAUAUAUGGACCUAGUUCAUGAAACUUGGACCUAAGGUUAAUGAAGUAUUACUGAACAUCCUGCCUGAGUUUCAAGUCACAUGACCAAGGUCAAAGAUCAUUUAGGGUCAAUGAACUUGGGCCAUGUUUGGGGUAUUUGUUGAAUUACCAUCAUAACCCUGUAAGUGUAUUGGUCUAGUUCAUAAAACUUGGACAUAAGAGUAAUCAAGUAUCUCUGAACAUCCUGUGCGAGUUUCAGGUCACAUGACCAAGGUCAAUGGACUUUGGCCAUGUUUGGGGUAUUUGUUGAAUAACCAUCAUAACUCUGAAAGUGUAUGGAUCUAGUUCAUAAAACUUGGGCAUAAGAGUAAUCUAGUAUCACUGAACAUCUCAUGGGAGUUUGAGGUCCCAUGACCAGAGUCAAAGGUUGGAGGUAAUUAUUAGAUUGCUGUCAUAACUUUCAAAGUUUAUAGAUAUAGUUUAUAAAAUGUGUAUAUAGAGGUAAUCAAGUAUCACUGACAAGUCUUAGGUCGCAUGAUCAAGGUCAAAUUUCAUUUAUUGUCAAUGAACGUAGUAUUGUACAGGGGCCACAGAAGUGGGGGGCUGGGGGGGGCUUCAGCCCCCCAUUUCAGCCCCCCAUUUUUUUUCCAAAACAGUGUUAAAAAAACAUAAAAAUGACCAUAGGAUUGUGAUUUUUUGCAUGGUCAGCCCCCCCACUUUGAAAACCAUUCCGCGGCCCCUGUUGUAUCAAUAUAUGAAUGGUAUUUUCGUGAAUAAUUAUUUUAUAGUAGUUUUCAAAGUCAGCACUGCUGCUAUAUUGAAUCGCGCGAUGCAGGUGAGACUGCCAGAGGUGCUACACUUGUUUUCCCAAGAAAUUCCAAUGCUCUUGUACAAUAAAGUGAAGUAAUCAAUAAUGUUCUAUUUUUAAAAUCACGUUUAAGUACUUUAUUACAAUACAUUAGAAAAACAUCUCUAUGCUGUGGAUAAUUAUAAAACAAAAAGUAAAUUAUUUACUCUUCAGGAUUCCAUCAAGGUUAGUUGACGUCAGACAAGAAAAGCAAGAAAGUACUACCACAUUCAUUUUCAAAUAGCAAUUGCUGCUAGAAGAAAUUUCUUCCACUUGGGACAUCAGCUGUUUGAACAAGUAUGAUGUCUCAUUUGAAAGCAUAUUUUGAUUGUGUGUAUGUGUCAUUGUAUAAAUAGUACUGAAAUACUGCCCUUUUAUUUUACAUGUAUAUAGGACAGGACAUUCCUUUG